GGAGGGCGCGUGCCGGGAGUCACGCCGGCGCCGGUAGCGGAGCGCCGCGGGGAGAGCGCCAUGGACCCCAAGACCGGCGGUGGCGAGGAGGAUGACUGCGUGGACUCCGGCGCCGAGACCGGCGGGUCUGACUACAGCCACAUGUCCUCUACCAGCAGUGAACUUUCUGUGGAAGAAGCACAAGACCCUUUCCUGGUGAGCAUCCACAUUAUCGCAGACCCUGGAGAAUCCCAGCCCCUGCAGGAGGCCAUCGACAAGGUCUUGGCUUGGAUCCACCCGGACCUCCAGCUGUUCCGGGUGUCAGAGAGGAGGGCUUCCCGGCGGAAGAGAAAGUCCCCCAAGGCGGCACAACCAGCGCUGGCGGUGGUGCUCUUCCUGCAGGAGGAGUACGGGGAGGAGCAGAUCCUGCAGCUGCACCGCUCCCUGCAGCGGCCGCCCUGGCGCCACCACCACACGGAGCGCGUGCCCGGUAGGUUCCUGCCCUACCUGCCCUGCAGCCAGGACUUCUUCACGCUGGCCCCAGGGACCCCGCUGUGGGCCAUCCGGCCUGUACACUAUGGCAAGGAAAUCAUUCGCUUCACCAUCUACUGUCGCCAUGACAACUACUCCGACAUCCUCAAGUUCUAUGAGCUGAUCCUGAGGCGGAGCCCCAGCCAGAGGAAACCGGACUUCUGCAUCUUCCCCAUUUUUUCCAACCUGGAUGUGGACAUCCAGUUCUCCCUGAAAAGACUACCCUGUGACCAGAUCCCAGUCCCCACCGACUCCUCGGUGCUAGAAUUCCGGGUCAAGGACAUCGGGGAGCUUGUUCCUCUCCUGCCCAACCCCUGCAGCCCCAUCAGUGAAGGACGUUGGCAGACAGAGGACCACGAUGGGAACAAGAUCCUUCUGCAGGCACAAAGGGUAUACCAGAAGUUUCCUAAACCCAGCAGAGGGCCCCACUCCUCAGGGAAGAAGCCUCAUUCCAUGCCUUCUCCAGGUGCCGUCACACUGAGCAACACUCCCAGCAGCGUCCAGACAGGCCUGCCUACUGGGCAGCAGCAGGAAGUCGCCCGACAAGCCAGCACCUCUCCCAGCCUUCCCUGGUCUUUCCAGAGAAGCAAGUCCUUGUUUUGUUUGCCUACAGGAGAUCCUUCCUCCGCUGCACCACAGUGGUUUUCAAACACAGGGCACAGGGAGUCAGAGUCGGGGCACAGCCACCCCCUCUCCAUCGAUGAUUUAGAGGGAGCCCAGGAGACGGAUGUAGACACAGGCCUGCGGCUAUCUGCCUCAGACCUCUCUGUGGUCUCUGCAUAUUCUGCCCCCAGUAGGUUCUGCAGCACCAUGGAAGCACCCCUGCCCACCGAAAGAUGCACCAGCCUCUCAUCAAAGCACAGGGAUUCUAGGGAAGGCCCUCUGCCCGCUGGGAGCAGGGUGAGCACAGAGUCCUCCUGGGCCACCCUGCCUUUCUUCACCAAAGGACCUUCCAGCUCUUUGGCAACAACUGCUGUUGAUUCCAGCACCUCUUCACUGACAGAGACACCCCCAGCACUCCCUUACCAUUCUCCCAAAGCUGAGCAGACUGGCAGAGACAUCCUACCAGCUCUCGUGUUGUCUGGAUCUGGGGACAAUGACAUGGAAGAAUUCUACAUCUGAACACUCACUGCUCUUCUCAAACUCACAGGCUCAGGGCUCAUUGCCCACUGCGGCCUGAUGCCACCAUGUCUUCUUCCCCACUUUCCCAGGUCUUCCUGGAAUCUACUGUCUGUCUCAUGGCUUUUGUUAGUAUAUCUGCCAGUCACCCAUUCUUACCUGAGAGAUGGUCUAUUUCUAGGGACUCUGUGGGAAAAUUUGGAUUUUUAUGCAAACAAAUUUUCAAAUUUUAGGUCAUAAAAUAUAUUUUUUGAAUAUUCACUUCCAUUUGAAAUAUGGUUGCGUGUACUUCACAUAAUUUUUUUAAAUGAAAACCAGAACUGAUUGGGCAAUUUUUCACAUGCAGAAGGAAAAACAAAGCCAAAAUGUUGAACGUAGAAGAGAUAUUAAGCGGCGUGUGAGGUUAGUGCACAACCACAGUGUGCAUCUCGCUGGGGUCCCCAGUGAUACUCAUACAGCCAGGGAACAGUGGCCUCAGAACUUCCAAGUACUGCCUCCAAUCGGGAGCCAGCUCGAUCAGACAGCUGCAGACACAGCAGGCCACCACCGUACCUCACUUUGAGAAAUCUGGAUUUAUCCAAGUGGCAAAUAUGCUUCAUAAGGAUUUACCAUGAGUAACAGACUCUUGGUCAGACUUUUGGACUUGUGUUCCCAAAACUAGAUUUUUGUACACCUUUCAGCAGCACAGUUGGCUGUAACAAGUGAGGGUCUCCAAAAGGCCCGUCCCACUACCUAUAUUUAUUUGGCUCUCCAAGGAAAAAUGAAUCAUGGGAGUCAUAGACUAACAGGUAUUAGACAUCCUGGGUAGGGAGACUUAAUAGUCUUUGUUUUACAAAUUGCAAAGUAACAGCUAUUGACAGAACUAUGUAAGUAGCUAUACUUGAGACUUUCUCUGGUAGACCUGUAUCAUCACACACCCAUUUUCACUUUUAAACAAGUUGUCAUAUUUGAGCUGGCAUUUCAGUUGCACAGGUUAGUAAUGCCCCUCGUCUCAAAGCUUUACUUCAGUUUCUCUUAUGGACACUGGUGUAUCGCCAGCUUGCAUGAGGACCUAGGAGUCUUGACUUAAACUGGAGUUCUAAUCCAGCCCUGACUUCUACCUGUUGUCUUUUGUCACAGCAUAAAUGGUAUUUAAAUCUCACCUCAGUCCCACUGCAUUAAGGGUAUGUUUACAACCCCCACCUCAGCAGUGCCCAGCUGUCCCUGGAUGCCACUUCCCUUUGGAGGAGAAAACCAGGGUUUGCCUUGUUUGCCCCCCCCCCUCUGGUGCUCUUUGCCUGAAUCACUCAUGGCCCAGUUUUUACUGCUCAGGAAGUCCCCAGGGGCCACCUCAGAGUCCUUCCCAGCACAGUUUCCAAGUAGCCAUCAUCAACCAACAACGCCUCCAGUUGUUGCCAGCCCUGUCAUGGCCUUAGAUCCUGCCCCAGACACUCCAGAUACUCCAGGGCUCUGGAUUAUGAUAGUCUACUUCCAUUUAAGUGAAUAGAAAAUAUGGUCUCUUGUAAACCUAGACCAAAUGAGCAACUUUUUCUGGAAAAGGCUAAGUAAUGCAUAUUGUAGGCUCUGCCAGCCAACCCAUCUGUGUCACAGCUACUAAGAUCUAACAUUUCAGACAGAAAGCAGCCAUGGGAGUUAUGUAAAUGAAUGGGAGUGGCUGAGUUCAAAUAAAACUUUAUUUAUAAAAAUAGAAAGAGGGCCAGAUUUGGCCCAAGGGUAAUAGUUCUCCACCCUUUGUACUAGACUGAGGUUGACUCAAGAUCCCAGUGAACAACAAAGGCUCUAAGUAGCAGGCCAAGAAAAUGGGCUUUGCAGUGACCACAGGACCAGGAGGCUCAGUGAGUGACUUCUUUUUGAAGAGCUGAUCCUAGAAAGCCUUAAGCUUCCUACCACCUAACAGAAAUGUGACUCAUAGUAAAUAUGUAAUGAUAAAAAGCAACACGCCAAGAGAAACUAAUACAGAGGUAAUGAUGCAGUGGACAGUGGCAAACUCAUGAGGAUCAAAAGCCAAUGAGAUAUAAAUGACGGGACCAGCUGCCAAGCUAUGGCCCCUCCUGUCUUCAUCCUUAAUCAGUGUCCUUAGUUUAGUGCACCCACAUGUACCCCUAGGUUUGCUUUAGAACCUGAUUGUAAUGUUCUCCAGCCACAUCCUUUUCCAGAUCCAUCACCAUCCUGACCCCUCCCCCCCAGUCUAGUGACCAAGCAGAAUGUUCCCAAAGGAUGUCAACAGAAAAUGGAAGAUGUCCCUAGUAUCAGGGGAGAAUGGAAAGGAAGUCCCCUACAAUCACAUUCCGUUGACCUCCCCCUGCCAUACUUCAUGCCAUGUACUCUGUGAACUGGGCCACAGAGACACUACUGACAAAGCCCCGGCUUCCUAGCUUCUGUCUUUGGCUAUCAUAUACUAGCAUCUCCCUCACCCUGGGAGGGUGGGAGGUGCUCCUCACACCCACUGGUGGAGCCUGAAUCUUGAUUGAUUAUUCUUGUGAAAGAUGCUGGUAUACUUUA